UAUGGAUGAAAAGGAUAUUUCUAUCAAAGCUAUCCCGAAAGAAACGGUAGAUAUUACAAGAACGUCGGUCACACUUUACGAAGCGCAACAAACAUUAACUCGUGUAACAAGUAUACUUCGAGUUCAAUGGCGUGCAUCACUAGGAGCAUUAUUCAUGCUUUCUGUUUACUCGGUGAAUUGGGUAUUUUACACAUUUAAAGUGCCGGUAAUGACAACUGAGGCAGGAUCUGAUUGGGUUCAACAAUGGUUUCAAUGUCUCAAAACUGGAAGUCAAUCAAGUUGCACAUCUGUUGCUGCUGGUCAUGUUCCAAGUUAUGGUCUGAUAUUAGCCAUAUUAUUCACUAAUAGAUUUUGUGGUAUUUUAAUAUUUAUUCUUUUUGCUGGAAAAAAGUCGAUAUUCAUAGAAUUGUGGAAUUAUCUAAAAGGACAACCAAUGACGACACCAAGCCUUUCUCUUAGACAGUCUGCUACCUCAGUGAACGAAAAAAGACACUCUAUAA